AUGGCUGCAUGUUUGUUUCCCGCUAUACUGAAUCUUGCCAGUAAUGCCGUUAUUACCACUAAUGCCACAUGUGGUGAAAUGGGACCAGAAAUGUUUUGUAAACUUGUAGAACAUGUGCCAGGGAGGCCAAUACGCAACCCUCAAUGUAGCAUCUGUGAUGAGAACAGUUCCAAUCCCAAAGAACGGCACCCGAUAACCAAUGCAAUCGAUGGCACUAAUGAUUGGUGGCAAAGUCCCAGUAUUCAGAAUGGCAGAAUAUAUCACUGGGUCACCAUAACACUGGAUUUAAGACAAAUCUUCCAAGUUGCAUACAUAAUAAUUAAAGCAGCAAAUUCCCCACGGCCAGGUAACUGGAUAUUAGAACGUUCUCAGGAUGGUGUUGAGUUCACGCCUUGGCAGUAUUAUGCAAUCAGUGACUACGAGUGCUUGAGUCGAUACAACGUGACACCAAGACUUGGGCCACCAACGUACAGAAGGGAUGAUGAAGUGAUUUGCACGUCAUUUUAUUCAAGACUUGUGCCACUGGAACAUGGAGAGCAGCCAUUCAUCACCUACUGUCUGAUAGUGAAGAGAGUUUGCGCGGUGUUUGGAGGUUUAGUAAAAUUUGAAGAAGGUAGCAGACAAAGGCUUUUCGAUAAAUCUUGCCAAUGCCAUCCUGAAAGCUCUGUUUCAGGCAUUUGUCGCCACGAGACUGGCAUAUGUGAAUGUAAACCAAAUGUGUUUGGAAAAAGAUGCGAUCAGUGCGUGCAUGGAUUCUACGGUUUGACGUCUGGCAUUGGAUGUCUCCCCUGUGAUUGUAACGAGUCAGGCUCCGUUUCAGAUGCUUGUAAUGAUGCCGGGCAGUGCACCUGCGUACCUGGAGUAGCUGGACUCAAGUGUGAUGUUUGUGCCCAUGGAUUUUAUGCAUACCAGGAUGGCGGCUGCACUCCUUGUGACUGUGCACACACCCAGAAUAACUGUGAUCCUGAGUCUGGAGAGUGCAUCUGCCCUCCUCAUACGCAUGGACCCAAGUGUGAAUUCUGUGACACCAACUACUGGGGUCAUGAUCCAGAACUUGGAUGUCUGGAAUGUAACUGCAGCAAAGAUGGGUCCAACAGCCUCCAGUGUGACCUUUCAACUGGCCAGUGCCAUUGCAGAAAGGAAUUUGGUGGACAGAGCUGCAGCGCCUGCCUGUUUGGAUAUAGGAAAUAUCCCGAGUGCGUUUCUUGUGACUGUGAUCCCGAAGGCACGCAGUCUGCAUGGUGUGAUGAUGAACGGAAGGUGUGCAGCUGCGUGGAAGAGACCGGCGAAUGUGCUUGUAAGGUAAAUAAACCCUGUUCUCUGUAUUACUCCAACACGUGUUUUAUAACAUAACUUGAUAAAAAAAAAUAUAACAUGGUAUAAUACAUUGUAUAGCUUCAAAGAAGAAUUCCAAGAUAUGAAUAUAACAUAAAAAUAUUGUUGAGCCGUAAAGGUCUAAUGUUUGCGGUUGCAUUAACAGUCAUUCUUUUUAUUUUGUCUGGCAAUGUAAACCAUGUUUUACACUUUUAUCUUCUAUUUAUCUGGCCACAGAUUUUGGCCUACGGUGGAAUGCUGUCAUAUGUCAUUACUUAUUAUGCUCUGGGAGAUUCUGGUUCCUCUGAUUUUGAGCCCCAGAUUUUAAUGAAAGGUGGGAGCGCCAGCAAACUGAUUAUAUCUAUGUACACCCCUGCUCCUGGAAACGCGGUGAGAGCAGAGAUUCAAGCCAGCAUGACAGAGAAUAACUGGAGGUAUUUUGAUUCUGAACAGACUGUAACAAGAUCAGAUUUCAUGUAUGUUUUAAACAACAUUGAUUACAUUCUAAUCAAAGCAUCUUAUGGAUAUGGAUUACAACAAAGCAGGAUCUCUAAUAUAUCAAUGGAGAUUGCGGUGGAGGCAUCAGACAUGCAUUCUGGCCGAGAAGCUGCUCAUCUCAUUGAGGUCUGCGAGUGCCCCCCUGGUUAUAGAGGACUUUCAUGUCAGGAGUGUGCACCUGGAUACUAUAGAGAGAAGCUCUCAGAAAUCAGUAUCUUAGGGUUACGUUUCCAAAACCCUCCCUGUGUCCCCUGUCAGUGCAGCAACCACAGCGAGAUCUGUGAUCCAGAUACUGGCAGAUGCAUGGACUGCCAAGAUAAUACAGCUGGUGACCACUGCCAUCUAUGUGCUCCUGGCUACUAUGGGAAAGUAACUGGGUCAAUUGCAGAUUGCUCAUUGUGUGCUUGUCCCAAGGGCAACAGCCAGAGUUUUAGCCCCACGUGCGUCCUAGAAGGUAUUAAUGAUUUCCGUUGUGAUGCCUGUCUACCUGGAUAUGAAGGGCGAUACUGUGAAAGGUGUUCUCUUGGCUACUACGGAAAUCCAAAUGAGCCUGAUGGCUUCUGCCAGAAAUGUGACUGCAACCCAAGCGGCUCAUUGAAUAAUGAAUGUGAUCGGCUAACCGGCCAGUGCAUUUGCAAAACAGGAGUAACUGGCCGUCUUUGUGAUACUUGUGAAUUAAGACACAUUCUUUUGGAAGAAGAAUGUAUAUCUUGUGAUGAUGAUUGCACUGGAACCUUACUUGAUGAUUUGGAUAGUUUGCACCAGGCCAUCUUCUCUUUUAAUAUGACCGGUAUUGGUAGACCACCUCAUCAAACUCUAUUCAACUUGGAAAAUGUGACAAAGCACUUUAAGGAGUCUGUGCCAAUAAGAGUCAGCCCAAUAAUAUCCCUGGACAAGACAAUGGAGCAGCUCAGUUCUUUGUCUAAAGACACCCUCCAACUUGAGCAGCACAUGGAGCAGGUGAUAGGUGAUGGAGAAGCACUGAACAAUGCCACCAUCAGAACUCUGAAUAAGACUCAAGAGUUAAUCGGCUUUAUUGACAAAAUGCAAACGACUAUUCAAGUAUUGGUGGAAGUGGUCGAAAGCCUAAAUGAGACGAGCAUUGAUACACAGCUCUCUGACAAUUUGCAAUUAAAUUAUGAGGAUGAUGUCUCCUUAAUGCUCAGUUCUAUGAGGUCGAAAUAUUUUGAUGAUCAAAGUCAAGAUGCUACCAAAACCCUCAAAGUAUCAGAAGGCUAUCUACACAGAGUUGAGAAAGAAUAUGAGAAGCCACACCAAGAUUUAACAAAGUUAAAAAAUAGUCUUGAAAAUGCCCUCGCACAACGUAACAACAAACUACUGGCAGCGGAGGAUUUGCUGUAUGUGGCAUCUGCAAACACCAACAACACCAACGAUCUGCUGGUCAUUAUACAAAGAAAUCUGGCUGAUUUGAGGACAAAAAAACACGACCUUCAGGAAAAUAAGAACCGUUCUGUGUUGUUGAUUGAGGAAGGUCUUGGGCUGGUGGAUGAUGCAGUUUUGCUUGCAGAGGACACCAUUAAUGCUACAUCUGUUUUGGAGACCCACCAAGAGGAGCUUCUUCUUUGGAAUUCUAAACUGAGACACCAUGUAGAUCGUCUGGUAAUGCAGAUGGCCAAAAGAGACGCACUUGACAUGGUCUAUAAGGCAGAAGAUUAUGCAGCAGAACUACACAAACUUUCUGCUUCUCUAAAUAGUUCUCUUUUAGAUAUAAGGAAUGCCUCUUUGAAUGCCACCAGUGCGAUCCACUCUCACACAGAUAUCAAAAAUAUGAUUGAGCAAUCAGAGGUUCUUGCAGAACAGUGUAACCACACAGUUACAGGAGUCCUGGCAAUGGUUUCAGGGGCAAAUGGAUCUUUACAAGUUGCACCAAAAAAUUCUAUGAAGUUCAGCACACAACUUCUUAAUGAGGCCAAAAAUUUAAGUCUUAGCACGGAAGGUCUUGUGUCUGAUUUGAACGAUCUGAAAACAAAAGCAGAUACAAUACAAAAACGCACUCAUGCAUUUACACGUCAAAUAAGUGAACAGCUGCUGGCUCUGAGAAAUUUACCAAAUGAUACCAGUGAGAAACUACAAGAUGCUAAAGAGCUUGCCUUGUCUGCCAAUGUCAGUGCAGCUGGCACUUUAAACCAUAUCACGAACUUCAACCAAAAGGUGUUAACUGCGUCCUCUGCGCUGUCCAAAGUCAAUGACACGCUGCGGAAAACCAACGAGCUUCUAGCGGACUCAUCCAAGACGGCGGUAACAGCGGAAAGCAGAAUUAAAGAAGUGGAAACACAGGCCAACAUUUUAUUGGAUAGACUGAAACCUUUGAAAUUGCUUGAGGAAAACCUAAGCAGAAAUCUAUCUGAAAUUAAAGAGCUUAUUAGCCAGGCCCGUAAACAGGCCGCAUCGAUUAAAGUGGCUGUUUCAGCCGACAGAGAUUGUGUACGCUCUUACCAUCCAGAGCUCUAUUCUACACAUUUCAGCACUCUAACUCUUAAUGUUAAGACCGGCGAGCCGGACAACCUGCUUUUCUACCUGGGCAGCAGCACGAAAGCUGACUUCAUGGCGGUAGAAAUGCUGAAAGGCAAGGUUUCCUUCCUUUGGGACCUGGGCGCAGGAUCUGUAAGGCUCGAAGAACCUGAUAUCCAGAUAAACAAUAACAAGUGGCAUAAAAUACACGCAACAAGGUUUGGUAAAUCAGGUUCAUUGACUGUGGAAGAAAUUGGCACUUCUCAGAAGCCCACAGCCAAAAUGUCAUCUUCACCUGGUACAUCAUCCAUACUCCACAUCGAUAACUCAACAUUGAUGUUUGUUGGGGGAAUAGGAGGACAAUUACAGAAAUCAACAGCAGUCAAGACCACAGAUUUUAAAGGUUGCAUGGGCGAGGCGUUCCUUAAUGGGCACUCCAUUGGUUUAUGGAACUAUGUUGAGAGAGAGGGCAAAUGUGGUGGAUGCUAUGGAAGCCCACGAGAAGAAGAAACUGCUUUCCAUUUUGACGGCAGUGGAUAUUCUAUUGUAGAGAAGACGCUUCGUUCCACUUCAUCUCAGAUAGUUAUCCAUUUCCGAACAUUCGCUCCAAAUGGCCUUCUUUUGUAUCUUGCUUCCAAUGGAACACGAGAUUAUUUAUCUAUGGAAAUGGUGGACGGUAAACUGAGAGUAUCUGUCGAAUUGGGAUCAGGACCUCUGAUACUGAUGACAGAUGGACGCUAUAAUGAUGGAGCAUGGCAUAAAGUAGCCUUCCAGCGCAACAGGAAGCAAGGUAUACUGGCUGUGAUGGAUUCCUACAACUCAACCCAGAGAGAAACCAAGCAAGGAGAAGCUCCAGGCGUUGCUUCAGACCUUAACCGGUCAGAUAAGGAUCCUAUUUAUAUUGGUGGACUUCCCAGAUCCAGGAGUGUUAGAAAACAGCUUAGCAGCAGGUCCUAUGUGGGCUGUAUAAAGAACUUGGAGAUUUCCCGCUCAAAUUUUGACUUGGUAAAAAAUGCCUAUGGUGUAAGAAAAGGCUGUAAACUGGAGCCAACUCGUAGCAUUACCGUUUUAAAAGAUGGCUACGUGGAAAUGCAGCCAGUAUCAUUGGCAGCAGAAUCAGAGCUAAUGGUAUCGUUCUCCACACUCAAUGAAUCUGGAAUUAUCGUGGCUGGAUUUGGCAAGGGAGCGGAAAAACUCAGUCACAGGCAAGCUCUCUUGCCAUUCUUUGCUAUAAUGCUGGUGAAUGGACAUAUUGAAUUCCAUAUCAACCCUGUGGAUGGUGCCAGCACAAGAAAGGUCAUCAUCAAAUCUCCUACUGGAACCUUUAGUGAUGGACAAGAACACUCUAUUAUUGUCAUCCGGAACAAGAGACUUGUGAAUGUACAAGUGGAUGAAGGAAAACCUUCCGAGGUGAAGAUGAACGGACCAUCUGUCGAUUCCAUCUCUAUAAAUGCUUCCAAUUUUUAUGUCGGUGGCGUCCCUGGUAAAAUGGGUACAGCCCCCCUCAAAACAAGCCAGUCUUUCUACGGAUGUAUACGCAAUCUGGUUGUAAAUAUGGAGCAGAUGGAUUUCACCAAUGUCCUGAAAUAUGAGGGGGUUCAUAUGGAUAGCUGCAUGCUGUCAGAGAAGCCUAAAUCCAUUGCCCAGCUGGAAGUGGAAGUUCUGCCGACUGCAACGCCUGCUCAGCCUGUCACAGAGAGAAAAUUAACUACCCCCAUACAGAAAUCAUUUGUAACUAAGCCAUUGCAGUGUGCACUGGAGAUGAAGCCGGACCAUGUGCCAGAUGCUCACCAGUUUGGCCUCACUCAGGGAAGCCACAUUGUACUGCCUUUUGACCAAUCAGCUGUCAGAAGAAAACUCUCUGUACAGAUAACUCUCAGGACAUAUGCCACCAGUGGUCUUAUUUACUAUAUGGCUCACCAGAACCAGAUGGAUUAUGCUGCACUUCAACUUCAUGAAGGGAAACUUUAUUUCUUAUUUGAUAUGGGAAAAGGACGGACUCAGGCUUUCCAUACGGCUGUUAUUAAUGAUGGAAAGUGGCACACAGUAAUAACAGAAUAUUAUAAAAGAAAAGGUACGAUUACUAUUGAUGGUCAGGAAUCAGCAUCAGUUAGUGCUCCAGGGGACAGCAAUACUUUGGAUGUGGAAGGGAAGCUUUAUCUUGGUGGGCUUCCACUAGACUAUACAGCGAAGAGCAUUGGGAAUAUCACACACAGUGUCCCAGCAUGCAUUGGCAAAGUUGCCAUUAAUAACAAACAACUGGAUAAGGAGAGCGCUAUCUCCAUACACGCAGUAAAUAAGUGCUACGCAUCCGUCCAAGAGGGAACUUACUUUGAUGGAACUGGAUUUGCUGCCCUUGUUAAAGAGGGGUACAAAGUCCGCUCAGACGUAAACGUGUCUCUCGAGUUCCGCACUACACAGAUGAACGGUGUUCUUCUUGGAAUUAGCAGCGCAAAAGUUGAUGCCAUUGGCCUGGAAAUCAUACAUGGCAAGGUUUUGUUCCAUGUUAAUAAUGGUGCCGGCAGAAUAACAGCAGUCUACAAGCCAGAGAGCCCCAGCUCUUUAUGUGAUGGCAAGUGGCAUAAGCUUCAGGCCAGUAAAAUUAAACAUCGCAUUGUCCUUACGGUGGAUGGAAAUGUUGUGAAUGCAGAGAGCCCACAUGUCCAGUCAACCUCUGCAGACACUAACAAUCCGAUUUAUGUUGGAGGCUAUCCGGCUGAUGUGAAGCAAAACUGCUUGACCAGCCAGACCUCAUUCCACGGAUGCAUACGCAACAUGAAACUGGUGAAGGGCACGCAGACCGAAGCCAGUGAUUUCAGCAAAGCCUUUGAAAUGCGCGGAGUCUUUCCUCAUUCCUGUCCUGGAACAGAACAAUAA